AUGAAAAAUUCAAGAUGCGAUGAUCUCAUUACCAUGGGUGCAUUCUUUGAAGACUCCUACCCCGUGCACGCUCUUCUGAGACUAGCUGACUUGAGUCUCUCAAAGAAAGCUGUGUUCGCUACCCCUACCUCGUUCAAGGCGUCUCAAAUAGAUGUUGGCGUGUCUCGUUCUCUCAUUCUGACGUUUGCACUCAAACCCACUCCCAAACUCGUGUGGUCUUAUCCUUUGCCUCCAUCGACUAUUGUGGAGUGUAUGGAUGUGCACACAGUUGGCGAUGAAGAGAAGCGCUUUGUGGUGGGAUUAACUGACGGAAGAAAGCAUAAACUUGUUUUAAUUGAUAGAAAAGGCGAGACAUCAAAUGUGUCUGAAAUUAAUGUUAAUGGAAAGAUUGUUGGAGUCAAGUUUGCUGGCCAUGGCCAUGGGAAUAUCAUCUUCGUCUGCAUGCAUAAUGGUGCUACGAAAUUGUACCGGAAAAGUGUUGAGGGAAAACUUCAAGAAGUGAGUGAACUUUCCGGAGCGAAAGGGUCCAAAGUCAUUUUCAAUUGUUUCGUGGCAGAAAAAGAGCUUGGCAAUGAACACGAGCUUUUGAUCACGGUGGAGUGUCACGGGAAGGAAUGGGCAUACCGAAUGAUCUCGCUUACUGAAACUCGUCUACUUGAAGUGCACCAAGUUUUGGUGCCGGGACAGAAAGAUUGUAUCUUUGCUUAUAAUUGCGGACAGUUGUUCUGUCUCAAUAUUUCCACAAAAGAGAUCAGCUUGCUCGACAUACCAAGCUUUUCCAUCGUCAAAACCAUUUCUGUGGCACCUUUAAUUCAACAGAAGACUCCUCUCGAAGCCAUUUCUCUCCAGGUACCAGCUCAAAACCGGUUAAUACUCGGGGUGAAAGGCACCAUCAGCUUGAUCAGCUUCAGCUUUGAGUGUCUUUUGGACAGUUUCAACAUGAAGGGGGACAUAUACUUGGGUCUGGUGGUUCCCACUCAAGGACAAAGAACAUUUAUUCUGUUCUUGCAUUUCAACUCGGACAAAAAUACCACGAAAAUACAUAUGAUGAAUGCUAACGUUGGUCGAGGAACGGUGGCAGAGUGCUUGGGAAAGAGCAUGCAUAGAAAUGAGGCUGUCGUCUCUCAGGGAAUACCUUUUAUUCUUGAUGAAGAUUUGACUGAGAGCUCUAAAAUUGGAGCCAAUGAGUUUGGUGCCGUGCUCGAUAAACUCAGAGAGUUGCGGAGUCAAAAACUGGUUGAAAAAUGGGAAAGAGUGGCUGUUCCGUUCAUGAAAAACGAGCUGUGGGAGUCCAUUACCAAGGCUUUGAACAAAACCAAAAAACACAAAACAUACCCUUAUUCUGCAUUUGACAUAGACACAGACCGUCUGUUGGAUCCUUCUUUUGUGGAGCAAAUUAUCUCGAUCAUUGUGGGCGGAGACCAAUUUGUUCUCGACCCAGAAUUUCUUCCCGAGCAUACUGUGGUUUAUCUCCUUACACAUCCACUAUUUCCCAUAAAAUACACCCAUGGAUUGACGGAAGAAUUGGCUAAAUUGGGUAACGAGGACCUCCUCAAACAAGCGUUAAUUACUUGUCCAAAUUUACCCAUCGACCACCUCUGUCGUCAAUUACUUGACUCGGAUACUGGGGUAUUUGCCGAAUCUGCUUCGAGACUUGUUGCGGAAAAAUCCAUUUUGGAGAUCACCAGUUCUUUCAAACGGGUAUUGCAAGAAAUGAACUCCAGUCAAGGUCUUGAUACAGUAUUGAACAGGCUCUUAGAAUGGGACUCGAAUAAAAAAUGGAUCUUGGUGCAAGCUAUAAUCGACGUGGGAGGUCUUCUCAACUGGCCAGCUUCCACCGUAGACUCGCUUGAGUCCAUAAUUGCCAGAAGAAUCACAUCUUUAACCACAAACAGUUAUAAUCUCACCUUGGUGGGCCAGGCGCUUUUACUGGCUCAACCAAGCAAAAAGUCUAAAAAGACCAAGAAGACAGCCAAAGCCAACGACAUAAUUGAGUCCAAUGGGUUCCAGCAGCAGCAAUUGGACUCGAUCCUUGCAAUGAACGACCUUUCUUCCAAGAAGGUGAAAGACGAAGCAUUGAAACUCUCGCAAAAGGUGCCGAGCUAUUCUGUAGAAAAGUUGGUGUUGUAA